CUCAAGCGCGGUGUCCUGUUGCGUGAUCUCCCGCAGCUAAACUCAGGAAACUGUCUCCCAUUCGGUGACCCUCAGCUCAGAGCGCAGCAGUCAACCGCGCUGUGCUGCGUUUGUAGUCCCGUGGAGAGAAAAAAAAAAGAAGAAGGGGGGGAAAAGGAGCCACAGCAGGAAUACAACUUUUUUCAUGCGUUAUUUUAUUUGAAAGCGCAAAGCUGCUUCGGAGUCUCCAGACAUGAUGAAUUUUAUUCUCAUCUCCGUGCUGUGUGGAUUUUAUGGUGUUCUAGCAAAAGAUAAAGAUCAGAAGGGGAGGUUCAAUGUCCCUCUCCUGGAUGUCAAAACUCGGCAGCUGGUUCUGGAUGCUAACCAGAUGCUAACGCUCAACUGCAGGGGUCGCUGGCAGCUGAGCUGGACGUUCCCAGCAGGCUUGGACAGAGAUCAGGUGGAAGUGAGUGAAUCUCGCUGUGGAAGGACGAGCAAGCAUUACUGCAGCCAGGUGAAAGUCAGCAGCAUCCAGGCCCAGCACACCGGCCUGUUCCGCUGCAGGUACCAGGACAAACCCCAUAAACAGACAUCCAUCUACGUUUAUGUCACAGACAGCCAGCAGCUAUUCGUGGAGGGUGCAAAUAUGAGCCCAGACGUGUUGUACAUGAAGGAAAAGGAGCCACUGGUCAUCCCCUGCCGGGUCACCAGCCCCAACGUCACCACAGAACUAGUAAAGUACCACAGCCGCAGCUUGAGUCCAGACCAGAGGAACAUUAUCUGGAACAGCAGGCGAGGCUUCACAAUCAGAUCUCCCACCUUCUUUUACAUCGGCCUCUUCUUCUGCCAGACCACUGGGGACAAAGUCCGACACCAGUCACGCAGAUAUUUUGUACACAGAAUAGUGAAUAAAAUCAAAGAUGUGCGUCUGAACAGCAGUGAACAUACACGGGCCUUAAAGGGACAGCGACUGGUCUUGAACUGCUCUGCCACUGCAGAGUUGAACACCAGAGUCAACUUUACAUGGGACUACCCUGGAAAGAGAAUCAAUGCCGGCUCAACUUUCAAAAGGCUCGUGAAACAUCAAACAGAAAUGUUGUUCUACAGUAUUCUGACCAUCCCGAAGCUCCAGCGUUCAGACCGAGGCCGCUACACGUGCCGCGUCACCAGUGGUGAUCAAAGCCAGCACAAACAAGUCAAUGUUAUUGUCUAUGACCGACCAUUUAUCAACCUGAAACCCAGAAACGGACUGGUGAUGACGGUGCAAGCAGGAGAGAAAUCUUAUAAAAUCUCUCCCAAACUGCGAGCGUUCCCGGCCCCAAAAGUCAUUUGGCUGAAGGAUGGCAAGGUUGCAGCAGAGCAAUGCUCCAGAUACCACAUGAGUGGGAAUUCCCUGGUUAUCCGGGAUGUUGCAGAAGAGGAUGCUGGGAAGUACACGGUCCUCGUACGAAACCAGGAACACAGACUCUACCAGAAUCUCACACUCACACUUGUGGUUAACGUGAGUCCAAAAAUAGGGGAGAAAGCGGUGUUGCUGCAGGACCCGGGCUCCGUACCACGGGGGAGCAGACAAGCCCUGCGCUGCACAUCCCACGGAGUCCCUCCUCCACACAUCCAGUGGCUUUGGCAUCCCUGUCCGUCUAAAGGCCUGUGUGUUUGUCCCACGUCUUCCUCACUAUGGAGCCCUGUGACAGAGAGUCUUCCCGCCUCGUCUACACACAACCACAUCCUGAGUGUUACGCACAGAGAGGAAGUGCUUCGGGGGAAGAAAAGGACGGUGGGGGUCCUGACUGUCGCAGAGGCCUUUGUGUCUGGAGUGUAUCGCUGCAUCGCCUCCAACUCUGCGGGGGCAGACCAGCUAGACAUCCACUUCUACAUCACAGAUGUCCCUGGAGGCUUCUGUGUAAAGCAGCUGGAGGAGGCCAGAGAGGGUGGAGACCUCCGCCUCACCUGUUUAGCCAAUAAAUACCUGUACACAGCACUGUCAUGGCAGAGAGUGAACAACACAGAGGAAGCCCAGUCUCGCGGCUUGAAUAAUCAGCAGUUCACAUUUGGAGAGUUCUCCAACUCACUGGUCCUGUUAAUAAACAACCUGACGGCCAGAGACAGUGGAGCCUACAGAUGCUCCGCCCGCCACAUCGUCACCGGGCAGGAGACACACCUGGACACACAGGUGGAGGUGACAAUCCUGGAGCCUCCUGUCCUGGUGAGUAAUUUGACAGAUUGCACCGUCAAUGUUAGCAGCUCAGUGACCCUCAGCUGUCCAUCUCGAGGGGUCCCACCCCCAACCAUCACAUGGUACAAAGACCAGCGUGCUCUGCUGCAGGGAUCAGGUAUUGUUAUAUCAGCAGAGGAAGCGAGGCUCCAUAUUGACCGGAUCACAGUGGAGGACGAGGGUCUGUAUACGUGCCAGGCCACCAAUGAGAGGGGGUCUGCGGAGAGCUCGGCCUACAUAUGGGUUAGCGGUGCUCCAGAAAGCUCAUUUCUUGAAAUCCCUACUCUCACCUGUACCUGUGUGGUGGCUGCUCUCUUUUGGUUUUUGCUCACGCUCUUCAUACGAAAAAUGAAGCAGCCGAACAGCUCAUACACCAAAACCGAGUACUUGUCAAUCGUACUGGACACAGGAGAGGGGCCGAUAGAUGAGCAGUGCGAGAGGUUGCAUUAUGACCCCAACCAAUGGGAGUUUCCCCGGGAGCGCCUGAAAUUAGGAAAGCUUCUAGGCCGUGGGGCCUUUGGUAAAGUCAUGCAGGCAUCUGCAUUUGGUAUAGACAACGGCACCAGCUGCAAGACUGUGGCUGUGAAGAUGCUCAAAGAGGGCGCUACAGCCAGCGAACACAAGGCAUUGAUGACUGAAUUGAAGAUCCUCAACCACAUUGGAAACCAUCUGAAUGUCGUGAACCUUCUGGGAGCUUGCACCAAACCAGGAGGACCGCUCAUGGUCAUUGUCGAGUACUGUCGUUUUGGAAAUCUUUCAACCUUCUUAAAGAACAAGAGAGACGUGUUUGUACAAGACCGGCUGGCUGGAGUAAAAGGUGGAGGGCAGUGUUGGGACAGCAGCGUGUCCGAUGACCAGAGCAGCUUUCACACAGACUUUGAUGAGAGAGAUGAGAAGGGCCUCUAUCCACAAACUGCUCCCAAUUCCCCUCUUUACUUGGAGGAUCUCAUUUCUUUCAGCUUUCAGGUGGCACGAGGAAUGGAGUUUCUGGCCUCUCGCAAGUGUAUUCACAGAGACCUGGCCGCGAGGAACGUUUUACUGUCAGACAAUAAAGUGGUGAAGAUAUGUGACUUCGGCCUGGCCAGGGACAUCUACAAAGACCCCGACUACGUCCGCAAAGGAGAUGCCCGACUCCCUCUGAAGUGGAUGUCUCCCGAGUCCAUCUUUGACAAGGUGUUCACCACCCAGAGUGACGUGUGGUCCUACGGCAUACUGCUGUGGGAGAUCUUCUCUUUGGGAGCAUCCCCGUACCCUGGACUUCACAUAGAUGAAGAGUUCUGCCACAGGCUGAAAGGGGGAACAAGGAUGCGAGCGCCAGAAUACAGCACGCCUGAGAUUUACAGCACAAUGCUAGCAUGUUGGGAGGCCAACCCCGCCGACCGACCCACUUUCACUAACUUGGUGGAGACAAUGGGAGAGCUGCUACAAGCGAGAGUGCAACAGGAUGGGAAGGAUUAUAUUCCUCUGGGAUCUUUUAUGACUGGAGAAAGUGAUCGCUGUGAGGCCUUCAAAGAAAAUCCGCUCACAGUCACAAACCUGAGUUACAUGAGGGGCAUGGCCACACUGCAGACUUUUGAGCAUUUGCCUUGCGAGGACCAAACCACCCCUGAUGAUGAGCAGACCGAUAGUGGCAUGGUCCUCCCAUCUGAGGAACUGAAGAAUAUGACGAAGAGCAACAGCAGCAAGCACAGGAAUCUCAGCAGGUUCUUCACCUUCACCAAGUGUCGAGACACCCAGGUGCCCUUCCUGUGCAGUGACAUUGCAGGUCUCCGUGAAAACGACCCCUCGAUCCUGCCAUGUGACUGGGAGUCUGACGAGGGAGGCUCCCCUCCUCCAGACUAUAACUCAGCCUUCCUCUACCCCUCCCUUUAGCAUCCACACUUGUGUAUUUUUCACAAUUUCAUACAGGGUUUAUACAGCUUUUUAUCAUUUCUCCAGACCUCAUCUUACACUUUUUAAUUUACCCCACCUCACUUUUUAUAGUAUCUGCACGUCUAAAUGCCCCAGAUAUUUUGGAUCUUCCUCCUUCAGCCAAACUUGUUUAACUUCCUAGGACCUGGCGUCCACAUAUGUGGACAUCACAUUUUGGGUUAUUUAGAUCAAAAUACUCAAUUUUGCUCUACAAGGGCCUGAUAUCCACUUACAAGGACAUUAUACUACUACUGUUCUAUCAAAAUUUUAAACUAAUAUCCUCAUAUGUGGCUCUUAUUUUUCUUAAAAACAAAAAUAAGGUAAAAAAAAAAAAAAUCUGGUAAUUCUUUGUUCUUACAUUCAUCAGGCCCCAAUAUACCCAAAUAUGAAAGCGAAAUUAAAAAUGCAUGCCGUAGAAGAGUUCAGGUCUUAGGAGGUUAAGAAACUUUUGCAAAAUCGCAUGCUGUUGUACAACAAAGCGUCCUCACAAGUAUUAUCUCAGUGCUUUUCCAUCACAUUACCCCUUCUACGAGCAGCUAAGUCUUACCUGACAGUACUUAUACCCGUGCAGUUAUGCAGAAUGUAUUCACUAGUAUGUAACUAUCAGAGCUUAUUGUAUUGGUACCUCAUGCCUGAAGCCUUGUGAAGAGGAGCACUGCUGUAUAAAAUAACUGCUCCUCUUGCACAGUCACUACAUGCUGGAAAAAGUUAUUAUCCACUGAAUUAUACAGCUAGACGCAAUGUAUGUACCUGUAUUUAUUUUAGUUAUGCAACCAAAAUGUUACUACCUUAAAUUUGACCAUUUGUGAGUGUAGAUUUUACUCAGUUUCCACUUUAAUAGGUACACGUAGCUGUAAAUCUUGCGGUCCAACACAACAGCCUUGGUAAAAAAUUACAUUCAUUAAAGGGAACCUGCUAUCAGUUUCCUUAUUCCCACCAUAAAAAUACAGCGGCAUGACCAUAAUAUUGAACGAGGUCACCAUGUUAGUAAGUCUAUAUUUUCAACUGCUGCUUAAAACAUCCGUUUGCAAGGGCAACCAGUUAGAGGGAAGCUGGUACCUAAGACUAGUUAUUUUAGAAAGGUGACAAACUGAAGUUUCAUUAAGGCAUAGUCUAAAGCUAAACAAGGAUUUUUUUUUCGACAGUGAAUAAUACAAAGCUGUUCUAGUAGGAAGCGUCUUUAGACCGCUAAUUUUUUCACAGUCUCCACCGCAGACGAAACAAAUCUAUUUAAUUUUAUUUAUAUAGCAUCAAAUCCCAACAGCAGCCGCCUCAACACGCUUCAUAUUUUACGGUAAAUAUCCGACAAUGAAACUGGUGUGAGGACGAUAGAUUCUCCACGCGCUCCAACUCUCAAUGUGAUUUUUUUGUAGGCCACGGUGUUAGACUCCAAGAUUUAAGUGUAUCUAAUAAACUGUCAACUGAGUAUGUGUAUUUUAAUUCAAUGUAUUCUUUAAUUCAUAAAAUCAUUCAUGCUGGGUUUGUUUCCAUUUGCAAAAACCUUUGAAUGUGCAAAGAUUAGCUUAGUUAUGAUCAGUUGAUCCUGUUUGUAUAUUCCUCUGUAUAAUACUAGUUGGUUAGACAGCUCUGUUGCAGACUUCAUCACAGCCCAAAUCCGUAUACAGCUGCUUUUGUCUUUUCCGGACAACAUAAAUGUGUCUUUUUUUUCUAUAUCACAUCCAAAUGCAGGUUACACAUUAAAGAC